UCCCUCCCCGGGACUCAGGCCCUUAGCCAGGAUUUUUUCGUGGUGGGGGCAAGGGGAAAAAUUUUGAUUUUUAGCGACCUAAACAAAAUUUUUGAAAAGUUUGAAAGCCCCCAGAUGGCCUAUUGGGACCUAUUUACCAAAUGUCACUUACAUUAUCUGCUAUAGUCGCUGACAUCAAUUACCCAACAUUUAUUUCUGCUUUACGCGAUUUGGACGAUGCUCUUUGUUUAUGUUUUGCGUUUGCUGCUUUAACCCAAUCUAGGGUUGCAAAUUCAAAAUUAAUUAAUCGAUGUCGUCGUUUAACGAUUGAAUUUAUGCAUUAUAUUAUUGAAUCUAAAUCACUUAAAAAGGUUUUCAUCUCAAUAAAAGGAAUUUAUUAUCAAGCAGAAGUUAUGGGUGAAAGAAUUACUUGGAUUGUAGGUCAUGAACGGUCUGUUGGACGUGCAAAUGAAUUGGAUUUGACGACAGUUGCUUAUUUUGUUGAAUUUUAUUCUGUUUUGCUCAGUUUUGUUAAUUUUCGACUUUACAAAUCUAUUGGACUUUUUUACCCGCCACAACUUCAAUUGAAACAAAAUAAGGCGGAGAAUGAAGUUAAUUCUACACCUUCAUUUACUCAUUUGGAUGACCGUGUAUUUUCUUUAGCAUUUCCAUUAGCUAAAAUUGAAAAAACUGAAGAAGAAUUGGAUAUUUGUCAAAUUGAUACUUUUGAAAAAGAAGAGGACGAAAAUGAUGAAGAGGGAAAAGAAGAUGUGAAAGAAAUUAAAGAGGAAGAUUUGGGUGAAUUAUUAAGACAAAAUGAAGCGUUAAAAACGUUGUUCUCAAAAAUGAGAUUUUUUAUUAAUAGAGAAGUUCCAAAAGAACCUUUAGCUUUUGUUAUACGUGCUGGGGGUGGUGAUGUUUGUUGGGAAGAUUGUUAUCCUGUUGGAUCAAUUACAAAUGUAUCUAGUGAAUUAAUUACACAUCAAAUUGUUGAUAGAGAAAUGAAGGAAAUGAUUAUAAAUAGAAUUUAUAUUCAACCUCAAUGGAUAUUUGAUUGUUUCAAUUCCCGUCGUUUACUUCCUACAAUAUUGUAUGCACCAUCAACAACAUUACCUCCACAUUUAUCACCAUUUAUUGGGGAUAAUGAAAGAUUAAAUAAUUCUUUGUUAAUAAGUAAUGAACAACAACAAAAGAAUAAAGAGGAUGAAACAAAAGUAGAAGAAGGAAAUGUGGAGGGAAAAUCAGACGAAAAAGGUAAUCAAAAAGAAAAGAAAGGAGAAGGUUUACUUAAAAAGAAGAAUAAAAAGAACAAACAACAAGAUGAAAAUAAUAAAGGUAUGAGUGUUCAAAAAUCGAGAAUUUACAAGGAAAGUGAACAGAAGAAAAUUAAUGAAGAGGGUCAUAAUUUAAAAUUGAGAGAAAUGAUGAUACCCAAAAAGCAUAAAAGAAUAUACGAAAAGCUUAAACGUGGAACUAAAAGGCGUGCAAGGGCUGAAGUUGUUUUGGAGGAGAAAAGGGCUAAAAUGGCAAAAACAUGA